AUCUGGACCGCCCGGAUUGAAUGUGCACGAAGCUUCGAACAAAGCCGGUGUUCCACUCAGUUGAGCAAUUCCAUUCAACGCGAAUUCCGGGAGUAAACGAACAAUAGCUUCCGGUAAAAAGUAGAGGUGAAGUUAUCAUUGAUUCUUUGGCCAGUGUUCGAGCUCGUUUCCAUGGCAACUUUGGGGUUCAGGAACAAGAGCGAAUUAGUAUGCAUCAGCGCGUAUGUACCGAGUGCUUAUCAGUUGUUGGAUAGCUGUUGGUGUUGGCAUCGAAAAUUCGGUUUCUACAGUCUGCGACUGACUGGAAAGUAUAUAGCAGCUCCCUAAUUUGUGCUGCUAUGGUGAAAUAGUUUUGAGUUGAAAAUGCCAUUUAGGAUGCAUAAUUUAGCAAGUAGCUCAGAGAGGAAUAUUUAUUUGGCUUGGUUCCUGAUCUCCGACUUUAUUAUGUUCCUUGCGCUGUCUGUGUCAGUACCAGUUAUUGGCAGCGGCUCAGCCUGUAAAGUUAUUGGUAGCUGCGAUCCAUUCCUGCCAAUCUGCGCGGCGUCGACAAAUGAACACCAAUUUUUCUACAGCCACUGUGAAAUGGUGCGAGAUGCCUGUCUUACAGGAAAGGAUUGGAAAUUGGAUUACUUCAGCCACUGCAAUGUCAGUAAGCUUUAGUCCUCAUGGAUAAGUUCGACUGCGCACCGUAGGUCGAAUUUAGAACAAACCAGUUCAAACAAUUGGA